CUAGUAAUGAGUUACUUGCGCAACGGAUGAUGACAAGCCAACCAUUCGUUUUCUCCAUCUUCAGUAUUAUUAAUUUGCUAGAUUACUUGAAUCCGGUCUGCCCUUCUUGUGAUUUAACCAGCCAGAGCCAGGCCGCCGUGAUUGUUUCUUAUCUUCAAAAGCCGAAUUGGGAGCAUCUUUUCAUGUACGUUGAUUUAUCCCAUUUUCAGUUAACUUUUUGGGGUUGCCUUCCACUUUCAGCAGGAGAAAAUGGAGUUUGGUGGAUUGUACAGCUGCAGGAACUGUCUAAACCCCCUUGCCCUCGGCGAUGAUCUUGUUUCUAAAAAUUUCAAGGCAAAAUCAGGGCAAGCUUAUAUGUUCAUUCAUGCAAUGAAUGUUGUUUUGGGGCCAAAGUACGACAAGCACCUCUUAACUGGUCUUCACACUAUUGCAGAUAUUCAUUGCAGCAAGUGUGGGGAAGCAGUGGGCUGGAAAUAUAUUCAAGCCUUUGACUUAAAACAGAGGUACAAAGAAGGCAAGUUCGUUUUGGAAACACUCAAGAUGAUCGAGCAAUACUAGCUCACUAGUAACCCCACCCCCCAUCCUAGAACAGGUAUGGAAAUAAAGCAAUAUCUCAACUUGUGUACUGUAUUUUUACUUUCCUUUAUGAAAAUUGGAAUCUGUGUUGCAAUCUUAUGAGAUUUGCCAUUGAUGCUAUGUGUAUCUCCUUUUCUCCCCUAAAUGGAAGCUCCGGAAAACAACAGGGCUAAUUCUGAUUUCAUUUCUUUGCAUCUUUGAUUCUUGAGUGGAAACGAGUUCAAUUUGAAAG